AUGAAGAACUCCACUGACUUUGAUUGCUACUACCCCGAAGGAUAUGCAGGCUAUAACUAUGCGCAGGGCUACACGGACUGCAGCAAUCUGGAAGAGAGCUGGUCAAAUGACACGCAGGCAUAUGACUGGAGCAUGGAGCAACUGACAGACAACAUGCCAACUGAUACACCACAGCUGGAAUUAACUUCAAGCAAGACCACGGUCAGCAGUUCCCAGCGCAAGGAGCGCACAGCUUUUACAAAGACCCAGCUAAAGCAGCUUGAGGCAGAGUUUUGUUACUCCAAUUAUCUGACACGCCUACGUCGCUAUGAAAUCGCUGUUGCCCUGGAGCUGAGCGAGCGCCAGGUAAAGGUUUGGUUCCAGAAUCGUCGCAUGAAGUGCAAGCGCAUUAAGCUGGAAGCGGUGGAUGUUACAAAGUUAACGCCAAGCUAGGCUCACAAAAGUAUUAUUUAUACAAAUCUUUUUA